AUGCCACGCAGAGCACACACCAAAUCCCGCUAUGGCUGCGACCACUGUCGGCGGCGGAGGGUCAAAUGCGACGAACAAGGGCCCCCCUGCACCAACUGCGUACUGCGACAGCUGGAGAACUGCACAUAUUCCCGAAUACUCCCAGAAAAUAUGAUCGCCAAUGCCCGACAUGAGAGCCAUGGAACAAUCCAGAGGAGUCCGGCCGUCGUCAAUCUGCUCAACUGUGUGGCACCACCUUCCCCGGCCCCACCUCGUGCCGUCACGGACCUGGAACUGAUGCAUCAGUUCACGGCGGACACGUACAAAAGCCUCUGUGUUAGUGACUUAGAAACGCACACAUGGCAAUCGCUUGUCCCGCGUCUUGCGCUCAAGCACCACUACUUGAUGAACGGGAUCUUAGCGCUCGCGUCUCUGCAUAUCGCCACAACUCUCGAGCCUGCCAAAGCGCUCACCUACAUUGACACAGGACUAGAGUACCACAGUCUAAGCCUUGGGCCGUUCCGCCGCGUAAUUGAUAACCUUGCGCCAGAAAAUUGCGACGCGGCAUUCGCACAGUCCGUCGUCACGACGGCAAUCAGUCUAGCCUUGCCGCAACUCACCGCGGCUCGUGAGAACACAAGCAGCAUUAUGGAAAAUAUCAUCACCGUUUUUGAGCUGCUGCAGGGUGUGAAAAGGAUAUUGGUACUCGGUCAAUCCUGGAUUAAUCUAGAGCUGUUCUCUCAAGGCCAAUAUUGGAAGGAUACCGCUGCGACCCUCGAUGAAGAUACCGACAGCGCGCUGACCCAGCUGGCUGUGCUGAACGAGCAAACCAAAGCCAGUGGCGAUGAGAUCAAUUACAGGAUUAAUAAAGACGUCAUUGAGCACCUGCGCCACUGCUUCAUGAAGUUCGCCUGCUCGCCUGAUCCCGCGCCGGUCCUGGCGUGGCUUGCGGCCGUGGAUAAGGGGUUUGUGGAUAGCUUGCGGCAGAGACAACCGUUUUCGCUACUGGUCCUUGCAUACUGGGGCCUGCUUCUGAAUAAACUUGAUGGGCAGCGAUGGUGGGCUCGUAACUCUGGGCGGGCACUCGUGUGUGAGCUACUGGGGGCUUUGGAUGCCGAGGAUCUUUUGUGGGAAAGUUGUUUGGCUUGGGUGCAGCGGAGAAUCUCUUCGUAG